UAUCUGUGUGUGUAGGUUUUGAGCAAGGGUGGGUAGAGGUUCUAGAGCCCGCCAUCCAAGUUGAGUAGCCUUCAUUUCAUCCCAACAGCUGUGACUAUUUAGAAGUGACCUCCCCCACCCCCCAUGGUGCUUGUUGACGGUUAAAGUUCCCGCAUAGAAGGAAGGGUUGGGAAGAGCCAUUGGGCCCUCCCCUGAGAUUCCUGAAGCUUCCCUCUCACCUCCUGCCCUCACUUCACAUGACCUUGUGGGACUAGAGUAUAUAAACUGAAAUGUUAGAGUAAGGAGAUGCCAUCUAUGCUUCUAUAGGGAGGUUGUCACCCAUGCUGGGGUGAAAAGGCUUUGUAGUCUCCCACAUUCCUUGUGCUGGAUCUUGGAACUCCUGGGAGUAUUUGGAAUCAUGGCAGAAGUCAAGGUGGAGGUGGUUGGCAUAGACUGGCAGAAGCGCUGCCUUUCCCUGGAGACACAGCUUUUCCGCUUCCGUCUGCAGGCCAGCAAGAUAAGGGAGCUGCUGGCUGACAAGAUGCAGGAGCUGGAGCAGAGGCUGCUGGAGGCUGAGCAGAGAGCUGAAAAUGCAGAAACUCAGGUGGGUGUGAUGGAAGAAAAGAUAAAGCUGUCCAACCUGAAGAGUGUGGACUCCGCAGGCAGCUUGCACCAAAAGUACCAAGAAUUGCUGAAAGCCAUGCAAGGCAAAGAUGAGCUCAUCGGCCAGCUGCAGGCACAGCUGGAGAAGCAGAAGCAGACAAGAGCUGAAGAAGCCAAAAUUGUUCAAGAAAAAGCUGCAAAGAUCAAGGAAUGGGUGACAGUAAAGUUAGCAGAGCUUGAAAUGGAGAAUCAACACCUGAAGACCUGUAAUCAGCAGCUAGUGGAGCAGGUGGCAGCCCUUCAGGAUGCUCUUGAGGAUCUCCGUAUGACACCUUCAGAGGAGCUGCUAGGCGUUCCUGAGGGGACCCCAGAGGGGGAUCCUGUCCCUUCAGGGACAGCCCAGCCUGUGGAGCAGGACAGUAAUCCCCAUACCCAAAUUUCGAAGGUGGCUGUGCCUACACCUCUGGGCACCCGGCAGAGCAAGGACUCUCUGUCAGAAGCCAGACGUCUCGAGGAUUUGAGUUUCAGCAUGGCCCAUCCUGGAGACAUAGCAGAGGCCAAGACCCUUCAAUCUCAUCUUCAGAGAGAGGGCUCUCCCAGUCAGCCGUUCAUGAAGCCUGGCAGCCCCAGACGUGGGUCAGCCUCUUACAGGGAGGGUCUGAUCACUGCUCAGGGAGGGACAUUCCCUGGGACCAAGAUCUCUGCCAGGGAAUGUGGCCCGGGUAGUAGCCUGACCCUGCCAAAGGUGCGGGCUCCCAGCAUCCCCCGGGACAGCUUUCAAGUGGCCAAAAGGCACCACAGUCAGCCCCAGGUGGGCCCUGGGCAUGUUGACCAUGUGGUAAGCAUUGAGAUUGGGGCCCUGUCAGCCCUCCACUCAUCUGGCCUCCCCAAGUCUGAAGCCAGAGCUAAAGUCCGGGAAGAAGCCGAGAAGAUGGAGAUGGAGGAACUGCCCCCAACGGGGAAGAAGGGAGAAAGAGAGAGCCUGAAGCCCUGCAGAGGUGAACUGGAGGGAGUGGAACCGGAGAACAAGCCGCCGACGCCCCCACUGCACAGGUUUCCAUCCUGGGAGCGCAGGAUCUAUGCGAUGGCCACAUCAGGCAUGCAGCUGUCAGAUGUGUCAUCCCGAAAUACUGCUUCCUGUUUCGCAUCAGGACCGCCUGCCCUUGCAUUCCCUGGAGCUUUCUCUGGCCUUAUUUAUAAGAAUGUCACUGUGCCUGUCUACACAGCACUGAAGGGGAAAGCCACACAGAUCAGCAAUGUGCCUUUUGUGGAUGAGUCCUCUGGGUCCGAUGAUGACUGCGGCUCUCAAGCGAGUUUCCGGAUGUCAGUCCCUUGCUCUGAGUAUAGGAAGACCAGUGGACUAGGCAGCCCCCGGGCCAUCAAGAGAGGGGUCUCCAUGUCCUCACUGAGCUCCGAGGGUGACUAUGCCAUCCCUCCUGAUGCCUGCUCCCUGGACAGUGACUACUCAGAGCCUGAGCACAAACUCCAGCGUACUUCAGCGUACUCCACUGACGGGGAGACACUGGAAAAGUCAGGCUACCUGCUGAAAAUGGGGAGCCGGGUGAAGACCUGGAAGAGGCGCUGGUUUGUCCUGAGACAGGGACAAAUUCUAUACUACAAGUCUCCGAAUGACGUCAUUCGGAAACCUCAAGGUCAAGUGGAUCUGAACUCUCAUUGCCAGAUUGUCCGAGGGGAAGAAGCACAGACAUUUCAGCUCAUCUCUGGAAACAAAAUCUACUACCUAACAGCAGAGUCCCCCAGCCUCCUGGAAGAAUGGAUCCGGGUCCUACAGAGCCUGCUGAAGGUGCAGGUCACUGGCCCUCCAGCCCUGCAUCAAGGGGGCACCAAGCCUGCUGUGAAGGGCUGGCUGACGAAGGUAAAGCAUGGCCACUCCAAGCUGGUCUGGUGUGCCCUUGUUGGGAAAACCUUCUACUACUACCGGAGCCACGAGGACAAGAGACCCCUGGGCUGCCUACCUGUACGGGACGCUCACAUAGAGGAAGUAGAUCGAUCCUGCGACUCAGACGAAGACUACGAAGCUGGAGGAACUGGACGCUUGCUGUCCUCUCACUGCACGCUGGUGAUCCACCCACCAGAGCACAGCCCCACCUACCUCCUCAUAGGCACCAAGCAUGAAAAGGACACAUGGCUUUACCACCUCACAGUGGCUGCAGGUGGCAGCAGUGCCAAGGUGGGCACUGUCUAUGAGCAGCUCAUUGGGAAACUGAUGGACGGUGAGGGCAACCCAGACUCCCCGCUCUGGAGGCACCCCAUGCUGUGCUACAGCCAAGAAGGACUGUGUGCUUCCCUUACCACGCUGCCCUCUGAGGCUCUACAGACGGAGGCCCUCAAGCUCUUCAAGUCCUGCCAGCUCUUCAUCAAUGUGCCAGUGGAAGCCGCCUCGGUGGACUACCACGUGUCGCUGGCUCAGACAGCGCUGCAGGUCUGCCUCGUUCACCCCGAGCUACAGAGCGAGAUCUACUGCCAGCUCAUGAAGCAGAUCAGUCGCCGCCCGCCUCAGAAGUACUCUCUCAUGCAGUGCUGGCAGCUCCUGGCUCUGUGUGCCCCACUCUUCCUGCCUCAGCACCACUUCCUCUGGUAUGUCAAACAGCAGCUUCAACGCCAUGCAGAUCCCAGAAGUGAAACUGGUCAGUAUGCCAUAUACUGCCAGCGAGCCGUGGAGCGAACCCUGCAGACAGGAGAACGGGAGGCCAGGCCAUCGCGGAUGGAAGUGGUGUCCAUCUUGCUUCGGAACCCCUUCCACCACUCCUUGCCCUUCAGCAUCCCUGUGCACUUUGCCAAUGGGACUUACCAGGUGGUUGGCUUUGAUGGCUCCUCCACAGUUGAUGAGUUCCUGCAGCGGCUGAACCAGGAGACAGGCAUGAGAAAGCCGUCCCAGUCUGGCUUUGCCCUCUUCACAGACGAUCCUUCGGGCAGGGACCUGGAGCACUGUCUCCAAGGGCGUGUCAAGAUCUGUGAUGCCAUCUCCAAGUGGGAGCAAACGCUGAAGGAGCUGCAUCCCGGAAAGUCUGAGGGUGGGACACGAGUUGUGAAGCUGAUGUACAAGAACAGGCUAUACUUUCGAAGUCAAGUAAAAGGGGAGACAGAGAGAGAGCGGCUGCUACUUGCCUUCCAAACCAGUGGCGAGAUAGUGGCAGGAAGAUUUCCAGUCACCAAGGAACUGGCCCUCGAAAUGGCUGCCUUGAUGGCGCAGGUGGAGUAUGGGGACUUGGAGAAACCUACGCUGCCAGGCCCUGGGGGUACACCUCCGGCCAAAGCCCAGCAUCUCCUCCAGCAGGUCCUUGACAGGUUUUACCCAAGGCGCUAUCGAAAUGGAGCACCCCCUGAGCAGCUGAGGCACCUGGCAGACAUGAUGGCCACCAAGUGGGCAGCAUUACAAGGCUGCUCCCCUCCUGAGUGCAUCCGCAUCUACCUGACUGUGGCUCGGAAAUGGCCUCUCUUUGGUGCUAAGCUCUUUGCUGCUCAGCCUGCCCAGCCGUCGUCUUCUAAGGAGAACACUCCGGUGUGGAUUGCUGUGAAUGAGGAUGGUGUUAGUAUCCUGGACCACCGCACUAUGCAGGUGAACAUCACUUAUCCCUACUCUUCAGUGACAACAUUCGGUGGCUGCAGGGAUGACUUCAUGCUUGUAAUUAGAUCCCUUCCAGACCAGAACUCUGGAAAAACCCGUAUUGACAAGCUGACCUUCCGAAUGCCUGCUCCCAAGAUUACAGACACUACCUUAGUGAUGGCCAGCUACAUGAACCACUGUUCUGCAACUGUGAACCUAUCAGCCAAGCUCCCUGCAGCCCGCCAGCCCAGAGACCUGGAUGGACAGUUUUUUGCUUCUGUUUCCUGCACUAAGGGGUCAGCUUUGCUGUGAACGUUUCUCCUUCCCAUACCCUUAAACCACCACUGGUGCCUCUGGGAUUAGAUUAUAUCCUGGAGCAUACUACUGUGAUGGGUCUAAUGGCCCCUCCUCAAACUGUUCUGUGAAAUGUAAAUUUCAGGGUCUCUUGAAACCUUUGUGACCGUUAGGUGCCUUAUCUUUCAAGGCCUAAUGUUUUAAGAUUCAGACCCAACAUCAAAACCACUAUUUCUUUAACAAGAAUACUGACUCCGGAUGCUACCUGAUUCUAGAUUAAGACAGGGAUGGCCCGCAGUUACCAGGGCAAUGGUACUGUAUUUGGGGCUUCUGCACUGAUACUCAGGGAAGCUCAUCUUUUUAUAUUGUACAUGGUCUUUACGUGGGGACUUAUACUUGAAGUUUUCUGAACAUCCCUGAAUAAAAUAGGACUAAAGUUCCUAAUUCAUCUAAACUCUGGCAAAAGCCUACAAAUCUCUAAAAUUGAAUUUCUUUCCCAAAUGGGAAAAACACUGGGGCAGCAGCUCUAAUAUUUUCAGGACAGCACAGUGUUCUGUUAAGAGUAAAGCCCUCUCUCUCACACUGGACUAGCACAGGCAGGGACAGAGCCACACCCUUCCUGUGUCAUUUUAAGGCUCAGCAAAGCUCAGUGACGGCUGUGCUCACUCCUGAAGGACAAGGUGGUCAUCGUCUCCCCGCACAUGAAUUUUGCUUGUUGCUGCUCUCAGAGGCCACCAGAAACAAGGUAUCAGGAACAAUAAAGACCCUUCCAUUAUUGGAAGGCCUGGAUUGCUCACCAAGACUUUUGGUAGAUGGCUUCUUGAAAUCAUUUGGAAGCACGGGGCAUGUAUAUGAUAUCUGCCCUAGUAACAUGUGGAAACAGAAGUUUCUUCCAACUUUGCCUUCCUGAGAAUAUUCUAACCCCUCUCAACUCAAACCUAGCUGAUUUUGAUGAAGAUGAUCUUUAUUUUACCUCCCCAUAAAAUAAAAAAAAAAGUUCAUACAUUGGUUUUCCAACAUAUAAAAAAAUAAGCUUUAUUGUAUAGCUUUCAGACAGUUUAUCAUUUUUCAGUAACAUGGACUAGGGAAUAGGAAGAAUAUCAAGAAAUAAGCCUUUAACCCAACAAUGUGUGUUGUACACCACAAGAAACUGCAAGGCCAAAAAUCAGUUUGUCCGAAUGCCUCAGCUGCUGUAGUCUUUCAUCCUUUGAACUGACAAGCCUGACUUUAAAAGGGCACAAGAGUCUGCCUCUUAAAGGAGCGUGGCUCGAAAGCCAGGCAGCUUUAUAACCACUUCUGUUUGCACCCCAACUCCCACCCCAGAAUUUGGGGCUGUAGUGGAGACAGGUCUACCUCAAGUCACAUCACUAUAGGCUCCUGGACAAGGCUGGCUGAAAGGCAGAGAAUUCAGUUCUAGGUUUACAUCCAAGGGCCUUGAAGCCAGUAAGGAUGCAGUCUGCUCUUAGGUUGUUUGUGCUUUGUAAACAGAAUUCCAGCUAAUGCAACUAUUUGUACUAGACUUGAAGGUCAGAGACUUGAAGGUCAGAUCUGUUGCUGCUCCCCUCCCCACCCCCCUAGUCCCCCCUUCUCUCUUGCUCUCUUUGAGACAGGGUUUCACUGUGCAGCCUUAGCUGUCCUGGAACUCCCUAUGUAGACCAGGCUAGCCUAAAACUCAGAGAUCUACCUGCCUCUGCCUCUGCCUCCCAGGUGCUGAGAUUAAAGGCAAAUGCCGCCUAGUCCAGCUCCUUUUCUCCUUCCUGAUCUUUAGAAUCUAAGGAACCACCUUUGAAACAAAGGCUUCUGUAAACUGGCUUCUUCAUCCUUUAAUGUGACAGUCUCAAGUCUGGGAACCAACAUGCAAUCUCUCAUUUUUCAUCUAAGCCCUCUUAGCCAAGCAGCUUUUGAGCAAUAGAAAAUAUUAAAGUAACAGAAAGGUACUAAUAUGCUUGACACCCAUGGCUGAAAUGCUGUGUAUUAUGUCUGUCAAUAAAAAGCUGUCAGUGCACCAGA